AUGGAUGUGGAGGUUGAGGUGUUGGACGAGCAUGGCGAGCCGCUGGUGAUUCCGCCGUGGCCAGGCGGCAUGAAGGCAUGGGUGAAUGAGCUGCCCAAGGUCGUUGAUCCAGAGCACCCGCACCGCCUGCUCUACUCCAACCAACUCCUCGCCACCAUUGGGUUCAGCCUCAGUAUGAAUGACACCAUUGCGCACUUGCGCAGCGCCCUGGAGAAGGGCUUGCCAUACUUUGAUGACAAGCUGGCCGUUGGGCUGGUCAUCAAGGAGUUCCGCUUCCUGGGCGAGCUGGUGUCCGAGACUGCAGUCUUGGGUGACCUUGAUGUGAAGGUGGUCAGCACAGUUGAGUCACGGUCCUCCCUCGUCGGGCACAGGGACUGCCUGCAAGUGGUGACGCAGGUCGUCGUCCGCGUGUUCCUGCCAGACAAGUCGAAGCUGCUCGCUGUGACGCUGGACAACUUUGACCCAGCCACCCUCACCUGCGGCGACAUCCUCAAGCGCCUGCAGUCGUUUCGCGACGUCAUGCCAACCAUGCGCCUGAUUCGGGAGUAUCCAACAGUUCGCCCGUUUAUCUGCGACCAGAGCACACACGUCUACGGCUUUCCUGGCAAGUCGGAAUGGUGGUCCCUGAUUGGCGCGCAAGCAGGCUGGGUCGGGCACCAGGAGACGUUUUGUGGCGCAAAGGAGCCCGUCACGCUGAUGCUGCACCCGCCACAGGUGCCAACAUGGGUCAAUGUGUCGUUCCCAGACACCGCAAAGCCAAUCAAGUGCCACACCUUGUGGAAGAAAAAGAUACAUGCGGCUGGCGGGUCGGGGUUGCGCGUUGCUGUGCAGCCCCACGAAGGCCUCUACCCAAACCAAAUCACGCUCCACCCCGAUGCCACAAUGACACCCUGCGAAGGUCAUGGGAUGUAUCUUCCGACACCAAAGGAGAUGGCGUUUGAGGGCGAGACGUACGGCGCGUGCGAGCCCGGCACUUCGUUUGGCACGGGCUCGCUCAAGAGCGGUGUGCGCGGCAAGGCGCUUCAGACAACAUACAAGCUUGAGGUGCGGGCGGACGGCGAUGUGCACGUGCUUGCAUCUGCACCGGACAGUCAGGUGCACACGGAGCGCAGCGACCAGGUCCCCGAGCACGUGUACGAGGGAACGCUUGCAACAGGGUUGACACAGUGCCAGUACUUUCGCGGGGUGCAUUAUUACCGCUGGCCGGGCGAACGAGACGUGCCCGACUCGCGCAAACUCCCAUUCUGCCUCUUCCAGCUCACACAGAACAACAGAAUACCAGACGUCAUGACCAGCCCGCUUGGAAAGCGGUACGCCGGCCUGAAGGACAGGAGCUUCUCCAUUCUGCCCCCGCAGGGCGGAUCUGCCGUUGUCGGCUACCAGGAUGCGUUUGUGCCUGCGCACGACUUCUUCACGUCCUAUCUUGAUGAGGAGCCACGCCUUGGUUGUGCACGCUGCUCAUUGCUUGCGCAGUUGGCGUUUCUGGACGAAGGUUUGCAUGUGAACGUGUCUGCGUUUAUCCUGUGGAACAUGGUGUCACUGGAUGAGCUGCGAAUGCCGUUGAACGAAGCCAACAGAAUCAAGGCCACAGCAAGCGUUAUCAUUCGCGCGCGCUCCCAGGAGGACGUGCAGGAGCAUCUGCGUGAGUGCGGAAAGCUGUAUGGUGUUGGUCCCGAUCCUGCCACCAUUGCGCCCAAGAAGUUCGCCUUUGUACCAGGGACGCUGCAAGCACCACCGUCAUCCAGCGAGGCGCUCAACAGGUCCAAGUCCGUGUCGGUGUCAUCGUCCCAGCCGCAGGGCGCACACACGCAACAGCAACAGCAACAACAGCAGCAGCAGCAGAGGUCAAUGACGAUGGGCGGGAAGCGGGCGUUCAAGCUACAGUCCACGCCUUCACCCGCGACACCAGCUGCGAGAUCGGUGACGCCAACCCAGCAACAGCAGCAGCAGCAGCAGCACGAUGGCAGCAACGAGUCGUCUUCUGCUGUGCAUGGCAGUGGCAGUGGCAGCGGCGCGGCGUCAAAGAGCAUGUCGCAGCGGUCGUCCCGGUCAUCACUCGUGCUGACCCUCUCUGACUCGCACGACGACGCAACGACAACGGAUGCAGAGCACCAGCACCAGCAGCCGCGGCAACAUCAGCAGCAUCAGCAGCAGCGAAGGUCUUCAAGGCGGGCAUCAUCUCGACAGCAACAGGAGCAACCGCCACUGCAGGAGGGGGAUGAAGACAGGAUAGAGCAGCGGACAAGGAGCACGAGCAAGAAGAAGCAGAAGGACAAGCAGAAGGACAAGAAGAAGGACAAGCAGAAGGACAAGAAGAAGGACAAGAAGAAGGACAAGAAGAAGGAGAGGGAAGUCAGCGAAGAGCAGCAGGGAGCAAGGAGGAGAGAAAGGAGGGAGGAGGCGGCGUACGGGAAGCAAGUCGAUGAAGCGGAGCACAGACUCGGACGACGGGAAGAAGGAUCCGAGGGCAGUGACGAAAAUUGUCCAUAUUUUGCAUAA